AUGGAAGAAAACCAAGAAAUCGUCAAAACGCCAUUAACGACCGCGGUUAUCCUCAUUUGUAUCAUUGCAGGUUCUGCGGGUUUGAUGUUCGGAUACGAUACUGCUGUAAUCGGGGGGGUAAUGAUGAUGAGGCCAUUUUUAAAGAGAUUCUUUCCGUCAGUUUUGCUGAGGAUGAGGGACGUGAAACAAGACCAAUACUGUCUAUUUAACAGCCAUAAACUAACAGCAUUGGUCUCUUCGAUGUUCAUAGCUGGUUCCGUGUCGUCUUUGUUGGCUGGUCGCGUUACAAGUGUUAUAGGACGCAAGCUUAGUUUGGUUACGAGCGGGAUCUUGUUCUUAACGGGUAAUGCCCUAGGCGUUUUUGCACAGAAUGUUGAUAUGCUCAUCGUCAGCCGCCUCUUUGUCGGGUUUGGCCUUGGUUUCGCAAAUCAGGCUGCUCCAGUUUACAUAACAGAAAUGGCGCCAACAAAAUGGCGAGGAACUCUAACUACCGCUUUUCAGUUCUUCAUAUGUUUGGGCACCGUAAUCGCCACCUUGAUCAACUUCGCCGCCAACAAUUCUGGCAGCGACCGUGGCUGGCGGCUCACAUUGGGCGGUGGCAGCGUACCCGCCAUCAUCUUGACCACUGGGGCCUUUUUCAUACCGGACACACCACCGAGCCUGAUCCAGCGCGGCAUGCAGGAUGAGGCCCAGGUGACAUUGACCAAGGUGCGGUCAACUAGGGUGGAAGCCGAAGCGGAGCUGCGAGACUUGAUCAGCUCCACAAAGGCCGCGAGAUUGAACAACGAGAAUCCGUAUGUGAAAUUAAUGGAGCUGCAAUACAGGCCACAGUUAGCGAUGACAAUAGCUAUCGCGGGGUUUCAGAAGCUGACCGGGGUGGGUAUGGUUGCGUUUUAUGCUCCCAUCGUUAUGAAGACGAUCGGCAUAGGAACAGCAGGGUCUUUGUUAGCGGCUGUAGUACUCGGAAUAGUGAAUCUGGCAUCGGUACUCGUGUCGGCUUAUAUGGUCGAUAAGAUAGGAAGACGGCUUCUUUUUUUACAAGGUGGUGUGCAGAUAAUCUUUUCUCAGGUGUUUAUCGCGUGCACGCUAGCACUUCAAUCAAAAUGUGUGAUUGGGACAUUACCAUAUAACUACGGGAUCGUGGUGCUAGUCCUGAUGUGUCUUAUCUCAUCGGCAUUCGGAUGGUCAUGGGGUCCGCUUACUUGGCUUGUCCCAAGUGAAAUACUACCAAUCGAGGUUCGUGCAGCGGGAACUGGAAUAAGCGUCGCAACAAACUUUGUCAUCACUUUUCUCCUGACUCAAUUGUCGAUGGCGAUGCUAUGUUCUAUGAAGUUUGGAUUGUUCUUGUUCUACGGUGCCACGACAUUCUUCAUGACCACAUUCAUUGGCGUAUUUUUGCCCGAGACCAAAGGGGUUCCACUUGAGUCGAUGGACGAAAUUUGGGGUAAGCAUUGGUUUUGGAAGUGGUCUGCUUCUACGUAGAUUUGGUUUGGUUUGGUUUGGCUUGCAAAUAUCUUGUGCCUUACUCGACAGCAUAAGAUGUCUUAAUUUCUUCAAGCACCUAUGAAGGCUCAAGAUGGUCGUUAAG